CUCCAAGCGUUUCCCUUCCUCCGUCUGUCAAAUCUCUUCCGUUUUCUAUCGGAAUUUCAAUAAUUUUCAUCUCUUCUUCUUCUUCUUCUUCUUCUUCUUCUUCUAUACAACACUUGCAAUUUCAGUUUUCUUUGCACUAUCUUCGAAACAAAGAACCCAUAUUUGCCUCAUCAAGAUCUCCCUCGUUCUUCCUCUAUCGAACCAACUCUCGAUCAGAUUGAUAAUUGUUCUUCGAUUGCCAUUUGCCCCCCUCUCCAGGCUAGGCAGUCACUGUCGUGAACAACAACUUCGAGUGAAAUCAUAUUUUAACCUUCGUUUCUAAGAUGGGUUGGGUUUAGGAUACAGAAUGAUUACUGGGUUUCUGAAUUCGGGGCUCCUCUGAUUGUUCAGCCAUGUGGUUUUCCUUCUGGAGAUCCAGGGAUCGAUUCUCGUUAGAAGAACUCAGGUAUUUAACAGAUCAGCUGCAAAAGAUUCAAAUAGUAAAUGAGGUUAACAAGGAUUUUGUUAUUGAGGCGCUGCGAUCAAUAUCAGAGUUGAUAACAUACGGUGACCAGCAUGAUGCUUCCUUCUUCGAGUUUUUCAUGGAGAAGCAAAUCAUGGGAGAAUUUGUACGUAUUUUGAAGAUUAGCAGGGCUGCAACUGUUUCACUUCAGUUGUUGCAGACAAUGAGCAUUAUUAUUCAGAACCUUAAAAGUGAACAUGCUAUAUAUUACCUCUUCAGUACUGAACAUAUGAACAAGCUUAUAACAUAUGCAUUUGAUUUCCGGAAUGAUGAGUUGUUGUCUUACUAUAUAUCUUUCUUAAGAGCAAUUAGUGGAAAGCUGAACAAGAACACAAUCUCUCUUCUUGUGAAAACUCAAAAUGAUAAAGUAGUAUCUUUUCCAAUGUAUGUAGAGGCUAUACAAUUUGCUUUUCAUGAAGAAAAUAUGAUCCGCACAGCAGUUCGUGCUUUGACACUUAAUGUAUACCAUGUUGGAGAUGAUUAUGUCAAUAGAUUCAUCACCAGCCCUCCUCAUGCAGAUUAUUUCUCAAAUUUAGUGACCUUUUUCAGGAAGCAGUGCAUUGACUUGAAUGACUUGGUCACUGAGACAAUGAGAAGCGCCGAGCCUUCAACCUCUACAAUUCUUGCUGCUGUAGAUGAAAUUGAAGACAACCUAUACUAUAUUAGUGAUGUUAUUUCUGCUGGGAUUCCUGACGUGGGAAGGUUAAUAACCGACAACAUUUUGCGGCACUUGAUCUUUCCUUUGCUUCUUCCAUCAUUGAGGAUAGAGGUUGUUAAUGGAUUUCAAAUUGGAGCUGUCACUUCUCUGUAUUUACUUUGUUGCAUUUUGCGCAUAGUUAAAAUAAAAGAUCUCGCAAACACCAUCUCUGCUGCUUUUUUCUGUCCAUUGGAUGCUUUCUCCCCACAGCCUGAAGAAGGACUUAAUGGAAAUAUGACUCGUUUAUGUUGUGAAAGUAGAAGCCAGUCAUCAGGAAGUGAUGGCAUAGUAAGGCAGCCGCUGGAUGCUGAAUCUUUAAUAAAAGAAGUAUCAGAUUCAUCUGCUCCUAAAACUGAGUUAAAAGAUGUGACUGUGAAGAAUGGUUGUCCAGGCUCCCGGUUGGAAUUGAGGGGAGCUUUGCUGUCUCAUAUUACAACUGGGGAUGAUGUACAAGUCUUAGGUGCUUUAAGUGUUCUGGCUACACUUUUGCAAACUAAAGGUCAGAUCAGUGCAGCUAUUCAACUUCCUUCAGUCCAUUUUUCUGUUCUUAUCACGCCUCCCAAAUUUUCUGUAGAACUGGAUGAGUCAAUGCUGGAUGCACUCGGAAUUCUUCCUCAAAGAAAACAACAUAAAAAAUUGUUAUUGGAAGCCUUAGUUGGUGAAGAUUCUGGCGAAGAGCAACUCUUUUCUUCAGAUAAUACCUCAGUGAAGGGUGGUAUCGAUAUUGAACUUGAUGGUUACCUGCAGAAGCUUAAGGAUUAUGGGAUUUCAUAUUUUCUUAAAGCAGGUGCAAGCCCUCGUGCCCAUAGGUUUGAGGUACUAGAUGCAUUGGUCAGUCUCUUUUGUCGUUCAAAUAUAUCUGCAGAGAUUUUGUGGGAUGGCGGGUGGCUUCUGCGGCAGUUGUUACCUUAUAGUGAGGCAGAGUUCAACAGUCAUCAUCUAAAAUUGCUCAAAGAUUCAUAUAAGUACUGGGCUACUGAGCUCUUACAGGAAGCUAGAGGGAUUUGGUCUGAUUUCCUCAUAAUACUUCUAUCCGAUGAGUGGAAAAAGUGCAAAAGAGCAAUUGAAGCCCCAUCACCAAGGAAAGAACCGAAGUCCAUGCUCUUGCACUCUGCAAAGGCUUCUGCCGUUGAUGCUGUUCCACCUGAAUCAUCAUUUGCUGCUGGUCAAAAAAUGUCUGAGUUGGUAAAGCAUCUUCCCCUCUUUCCGUUAAAGGUAUUUGUUCUUCUACACCAACUUCAGUCAUUUUCCCUUGGCAAGGCUUUGUCAGAUCAACCCUGUAUUGACCCUCCAUCAGAAAUUCCCGAUUGCUCUCGUGCAAAGGUUGCUGGACUAGAUGCUUCAGGACCUAAGCCAGGUGCUGAGUUGAGACUUGAUGGUGCAGUGCCUUGUAGAAUUGCCUUUGAGAGGGGUAAAGAGCGCCACUUUUUCUUCCUUGGAACUGCUAUUGGAACUUGCGGAUGGAUAAUUCUUGCCGAAGAACUGCCAUCAAAACUGAAUUGUGGAAUUGUUCGAGUUGCUGCACCUCUUGCUGGAUCAAAUCCUAGAAUUGAUGAAAAACAUUCAAGAUGGCUGCACUUGAGGAUUCGUCCAUCAACUUUACCUUUUCUAGAUCCUACCAAACAUGGUACCCCACUAAAGUCAAAGGCAAAACCUUUUGUGGAUGGGAGAUGGAUCCUAGCAUUCCAGGACGAGGAUACUUGCAAAGUCGCAUUUUCUAUGGUUCUGGAGGAGAUUAAUCUGCAAAGCAAGGAGGUCGAGAGAAGACUUAAACCAUUGGUCGGUCUCGAAAGAGCUGUAGAUUCUGCAGAUGCAUUUUUAUGUUCUACCAAGUCAUUAACUUCCAAUACAGCUCCUAAUCUAAUGUGAGUAUCAUGUAUUAAUUCUUAUCUAAGUUCUUUUUCCCCCAAUAAUAGAUUUGCUUGAUUACGGGUGAUGUAUUAUUUAUGUAACCACCCUUCUGUAUAUGAUCAUCCCUUACCUCAGAAAUGCGAAGCAAAGAAAAGAGUAGUUUUAGCAUCUGAGAGUUUGUAUCAUUCUUUGUAUAGUAUUUCUUCACAUUUGUUGAUUUAUCAACAAGUUUUACCCCUUCA